GUUCCCACUCAAACUACACAGAGAAUACAACGUUAUCACGACGGUUGCCACAGCGUAGCUGAUGAUCCCACUAUCCCGCGGCUGGGCAGCGGCAUGUGAAAUUAUUAUGGUCUAAUUAAAUGGGUCUGUAUCCUGUCCAGCGUGGACGGGAGUUCCUUCGAGCUAUUCAACUUCCUGUUCGGCUAUCCCCCGCAUUUCCCGCGCCUCCAAGACGACAUGGCUUUCCCGUCGACGACAGCGUUGGUCCUCGCGACCACAGUGCUUGCGUUCUUCGGAGGCAAGCCUGUCAGCAGCCACCCUGACGACCCGGAAAUUCUCCGCAGAGCAUGCCCUGACUAUACAUCUUAUUCAUCGACGCCUCACGGUCCUUUCAGCGGAGGUCCAUUGAACCUUUCAUUUCAACGUCCUGUGGAAGCAUGCAGGACCUUUUCCUCACCAGCAGUCGAGCAGGUCAUCGACGAUAUCACCUCGCGUAUGGUGGACAAGGAUCUGGCCCAGCUAUUCCGGAACGCCUUCCCUAACACGCUAGACACGACUGUCCGAUGGCAUACCGACGGCUCUACGCCAACUACAAAACGGAACAAUAAGAGGGGCGGUUCUCAAUGGGAUGGAGCACAAACGUUCAUUGUGACGGGUGACAUUGAUGCCGAGUGGUUGCGCGAUUCGACGAAUCAACUGGCCUCCUAUCAAGCUCUGGCAAAGAAGGACAAGAACCUCUAUACACUCAUCCUAGGCGCAAUUAAUACUCAGGUGGAGUAUGUCAUUCAGUCUCCCUAUUGUAAUGCAUUCCAGCCGCCGCCGCCUAGUGGAAUCGGGCCGAGCUCGAACGGACAGCAGGAUACCGUGCAUCCCGCGUACGAACCAUCCUUUGUCUUCGAAUGCAAGUACGAGCUCGAUUCUUUGGCGAAUUUUCUAGCUCUUGGGACCCAGUUCCACGAGAAUACCGGGUCGACAGAAUUCCUCACAGAUCGGUGGUACAUGGCAUUGAAAACUCUCAUGGACACUCUGGACGCUCAGUCACGACCUACAUUCAACGCGCAGAACCAAUACGCUGUCAACCAGUACACAUUUCAACGCCAGACAAAUCUGGGUACAGAAACCCUCAGUUUGAACGGAGUUGGGAAUCCACUGAACCGCGAUACGGGUCUUAUUCGUAGUGCUUUCCGACCUAGCGAUGAUGCCACCAUCCUGGGAUUCUUCAUUCCUCCGAACGCCAUGAUGGCGGUCCAGUUGAAGAAGACAGCAGAGAUGAUAAAGGCUGCCAGGGGUAACUCUGAUCUAGUCCAGGAGCUCCAAAAGCGAGGCCAGGACCUUGAAGAAGCUGUAUGGAACCACGGGGUGGUGAAGCACCCCAAAUAUGGUAAUGUCUUUGCCUUUGAAGUCGAUGGCUAUGGCUCUCAAAUUUUCAUGGAUGAUGCCAACAUUCCGUCGUUGUUGUCGCUUCCCUACCUGGGUUUCGUAGAUCAAAAAGACCCUGUCUAUCAAAAUACGCGUAAGAUGGUCCUCGAAAAGGCUGGGAAUCCCUAUUAUCUGACCGGUCCCGCUUUCCAUGGCAUUGGUGGACCUCACGUCGGACUUGAAAAUGCCUGGCCUAUGUCUCUCCUAGUGCAAGCCAUGACUAGCGACUCGGACUCUGAAAUAGCAGAAGCUAUCAACCUUGUUCGUGACUCGAGCCUUCUCGGCCUCGUGCACGAGUCGAUCAACGUCAACAACGUCAAGCAAUACACCCGGCCGUGGUUUGCCUGGGCCAACUCUGUCUUUUCACAGACUAUCUUGAAAAUAGCUGCGACAAAACCCUAUUUAAUCUUUGGCCCCAACGCGAAACCGUAUACUCUUGAUUGAAUUUGGGUUGCAUUAUUAGGGGUGUUGUUAUGUUGCUUUAAAAAGAUCGUGUUUGUACGAUAUCAUAUAAUUUUUAUAUAUGAUAUUCUUCAUGACUCUCUUGAAGAGCAAGUUAGCAGCAGAGUGGAGGGUAACCACUCAUCAGUUACAUGAAAACCUCCAUUUAGGAAAUAAAAUAUUCUACAGCAAUCCAAAUCAUGACUCCAAAUGGAACAGAAGUCAUACCAAAACCCGCCUUAAUCCAUCCGUUCCCCCCAAUACUCUCCGUCCAGUAAUGGGACAUCUCCCUUUCCCACUCUCCCACUUCCCCUCUCGACUCUGGCCAUGGCCGAUAGCUGUCUUGGACUGGUUAUCAGAGUCGCCUUCCUCUUCCUCCUCCCAGGGUGUCUUCGUAUCUUCACCAUUCAUGAAGUCUAUCUGUCGCUGGUGCUCUCCUUUCAGCCAAUGGAAGAUGCAAACGUAGCAGAAGACGUAACCUGUCUGGCAUGCGGUAGGGUUCGUCAGGGGACCAAAACAAAUGGAACAGAUGCUAUCACCGCUGUCCUCUGAGUCAACGGGUGGCAACGAAACAGUGAAAAUUGGAAGAUACGAAGUAGACGAGAUAGGAGGUUGGAAGUGUUUAGGCCUAUUGUGUGUCUUCAACGCUGAUUUUAGAUCCUUUGUGGAGGUUACCGAAGCUGAUUUCUUCGAUUGCUCCUGUUGUCUGCGCCGCUUCUCCGGUGUCCCUGAUACGACGGGCGCAGGCAGAUCUAGGACUUCAGUCGCUUUCCGGGCUAGCCGUCGGGAGAAAUCACUUUGAUGCCACCAUUCGAGGAAUUUGAGUGCGAAUAUCGAGGCCGGGAGGAAGUAGCGCAAUGAUGAAAGGAGCUGGGGGUAGAUAUUCUGGGGGCUCAUUAGGCCGACCAGACCUGUUCCGGGGCGUGAUCUGGCGGCAUUCGCAGCGCCGCGGGCAGUAUUACUAGCACCUCCCAACCCGGCGCCAUUGGGUCGAGAGGCGCCAUCCAGGAUAGCCGCGAUGGCACGAUGAUCCGCGACACCUAAUCGACGGAUCCUGGUCCCGACCAGCCACAGGAAGGGAGAAGAGUAUUUCGUACCAUCAAAGAGAUAGGCGAGAUUAAACGCCAGAAUAGAAAAAUAAUACGCCGCAUUGACGGACGGGUAGACGUUGCGAAGGAACCAUUUGUAGUAGUACAUCAGUCGUUGGCGGAGGGUCGGA